AUGCCAAAAAUGUGGUGUUCCCAUAUUCGUGUUUCAUUUAAGAAACUUCUCGAAUAUAACCCAAGAUUCUUCUCAAAGAAUGAAUAUAUUCAUAUGACUGAAAGAUUAUAUGAAGAUGGGAAAUUCAGACCUGGAAGACGCACAUUUUAUAUUUAUUGCACUGCAUGUGAUUCCUUAGUAUUUAUCUGUGAAAAUACCGAGAAAUGUGCAGAUAAGCAUCUGAAUGAAUGUAUUGCUAAAAUAGAGGAAAGACGUGUUGCAUAUUAUAGAUCUAUAUUAUGGAAACGAAAAAGUAAAAAAGCGCUUAGUGAAGAUGAGAUUGAUGAAAUUUAUGGUAAUAUUUAUUUUAGAUACAGAAAAAGCUCUGAAUUUUAUUGUCCUCGUGCUUCAAAAGAAAUUAAGAAAAGUGUUGCAUAUCGAUUAAUUAAUAGUGCAAAAGUUAUCCAAUGGACUUGGAGAGCUUUCAAGUUGAGACCUGAAACAUGGGCGAAACAAGUUUGGAAUAUGGUAAGAAAUGAUGGUUCUCCCAAUAGAAAGAAAUAUUUAGGUAUAUUUUCACUAGUUGAAAGGAGAAUAAAUCCUCAGACUCAAGAAGAAUAUGAUUUACAUACCGACGAAUAUGUCAACUGCCUUAAAAAAGCAUAUAAUGAAAAUCUUGCUCAAAAAUAUAUUAAAGAAUAUCUAGCCGAACAGGCCACAGGAUACAAGGAAUAUAAUCAUUUUCAUCCUAGUGAUUGGGUAGAAUGGAAGAAAUUCCAGUUAAAUGAUCGCCUAAAUGCUGUAGCAUAUAUAGUUGCUUUUAUAAAAUUGCAUCAACAAGGCUAUAGAAUCGUUACUUUUGGAGAUUGGUCCCUUAUGUUAAAAUGUCUAGCAAAUCCUGAAUAUCACCGUAUUAGCAAAAUAAAUAAUAACAUUGUUGUAGUUAAAAGUUUAGAAUAUGCACGAUAUAUGUGUGAAAUGCAGGCAAACAAUAUCCAUGUGAUUCGCUAG